UGCCAUUGCUCGCACGUGCUGUCGACUCUCUACGAAUCCAGACCAAUCGAUGCCUGUUUUUCUCUUUGUUUCUGUCCUCGAAAUGAUGAGAGAGAGGGAGAGGUUGCAGAAGUUCCAAAUUUUCGCGAAAGCGGGAAAAGGGUGAAAAAACAAAAAAGUCGAAGUAGAGAUUUUUAGAAGCUUUCCUUCGCUUUUUUGAGUCAUUCGCUUUCCAUACCCUCUCUCAGGAAUUAGGGUUUCAGAUUUUUAUUUUUUCAAUUUCUCAAAUUAGAAAAUUUAGCUUACUAGGUUUUUGGGAAUUCGUCUUUCUUUCUCGUCGAUCUGGGUUAGGGAUUUCAGAAACCAAUGGCUAGAAUCGUAAAACGCGAACCGGGAACGAGCCGGAGUAGAGCGGAGAUCCGAGAAGAAGCGGGGAGAAGCGAGCCGUCGGCUCGGCAGGCCGUGUCAGAACGGCGGGUUCUGCGGUCGCGGUAUCUGGUCGUCAAGAAUCUGAUCGAUGAUGAAAGAGAGGAUAUUUCUCGAGCUGAUUCUGAUAAAUUCAAUUCGAUUAUUGGUGAAGUUGAGAACUUGCAUCAGCUAGUUCAGAAGCCUCGUGAACAAGUUGUGGAUGCUGAGGCUCUUUUGGAUAUCGCCAACACCUUGGUAACAUCGGUGAAGUCACAUGGCAAUGAUGGAGUAACGCCAUCUGAUUUUGUAACUGCUCUUCUUGGAAGCUUUGGGCGACAAGAUGGUGCGUCAAGCAGUGACGGUGCUUGCAGUUUGGUAUCUUGGACAGACAUUGGCCUUGCUGUCUCUCAUGUCUUCAAGAAGGCCCCCGGGUUUUCCACCAUGAUUGGGCCUAUGAGUACUGAAUUGAAGCAACGGAAGACUGCGGUUCAAAGAAAAAGAACAAGGCCGACCGAAAGCACUCGUCCUGAAGAGGUCGAGGGCACUGGUGAAGAAGAGAAAACUGAUACCGAUAAGAACAUGUCUACCAUGUUUGACAUCUUGAGGAAAAAGAAGCGUGUCAGGCUUGAAAACUUGGUGUUGAACAGAUCCUCUUUCGCUCAAACAGUAGAGAACAUAUUUGCUCUCUCAUUUUUGGUCAAAGAUGGCCGAGCUGAAAUAACUGUGAACGACGAUCGGCAUCAUUUUGUUUUGCCUAGAAAUGCUCCUUCUGCGAAUGCAUUAGCCUCUGGAGAAGUUUCUUACAGCCACUUUGUUUUCAGAUUCGACUUCAAGGAUUGGGUGGUAUGCAACAACAAAAAGAUUCAAAUUCUGAUGAAACGCUAUGUUGGUGUCGGAGAGGAGUUAAUGCCUCAUAGGCAUGGAGCAGACACACCUAGCUAUUCUCAAAUGUUGCCAAUACCAGAAGAUGAUGUUCAGGCAGCAGGGCCCACAACACCCAUCAGAAAGCUGUCGCGAAACCGUGGCCUGGUCAUACAGGAAGAAUCGGUUGUCGAUGAUACACCAGAAAAGGCGGACUCUGCUGGAAGAGCUUCAAAAAGGAAAGGUAAGCGGACAUUACGCGACUUGGGUAUAAACUAGCUGAUCUUGUUUCUAUUAUUGUUUUUAUCUUGAAGCCAAACAUGGUUUUCAAGCGUUAACUUUAUUUAGCAUGUAAAUAUAUUGUUAGAGCUGUAUGUUCACAAGGUAAUGAGUUCUCCUAAUUUAGAUUCAAAUCACCAUUCUGCAUUA